CGCCUUCGACGAGGUGUGCGCAAGAUGGGCGGCGUCGGCGACGGGUCGCCAACGACGGCGGGGCAAGAUGGACGGCUGGGAGGAGGUCUCGGUCCUCCCAGGAGGAUCGAAUGCCCGAGGACGAUGAAGAUUAAACGACACUUUGAAAAGGAAGCCGAGGGUCCCUCACCCAAACACUUCUUAUCAGAGGAAGCCAUGGCAGAGCGAUUCACCUGCUUGAGUCUCGGUAACGACCAUGUUUACAGUACCAACGGUUUUCCUAUGUCCCGGAACCGAGCAACGGCGGGUGGCCCAGACAGCUACCAGGACCCAGAGGACAGGCUCAGGACGGAGCUGAAGGAGGAAGUGCUGGCCAAGGACGUGGAGUUGGAUGGGAUGUUUGACAUGAGCGACAGUCGGGUCCUUGUUCUCUCCCCUGAUCUGCAGCUCGAGCUGAGCCGUCCCGUGGACAUCCUUCCCCCAGAGAUUCUGCAUUCCCUGAACCACCCCUGCAUGGAGCUGUUGCUGUGGCAGCCCCCGGGACACUCGGCCCAUCGAGCAAUACGGUCCCUCGGCCUCGGUCUGUCCGGCAGCGAGACGGGGGUCGCCGGUCCCACCACCCCGAGGAACCAAGAGAGAAGGACAGCCGAGGAGGAGGAGAUGGACGUCUGACCAGAGGGUGGCCGGGUUGGGGACUGACCCACGUCAGAAAUAAAUAUCAAUGAUCAUCUGGUUGUGUAUCUGACACCUGGUCAUGGAGGGGGAAGAAAGGACUGUGAACCCGAAGCCCGGCCCUGGGUGGGGGACGGGACUGUGUGUCAGAAGC